GAUUUUCUGAAGAUUAUAAAUGCUUAUGUGGUCAUAGUAAAUACUUAUGAUUGAAAAUUCUAGUUGUUCAUGGUUUAGAAUGACAUGAUAAUAGGUGUGGGUUCAAAAUCAUUAUGAACCGUUAGAUUUCCAUCGUCAUACUUCUUCCGUUUUGUUUUAGCUAUACCCGGAGUACUUUGCACAUUUGCUACUGCACAAUUUUGAACUGUAAUAUCUCUAAUCAUGCAUAAGAAAAAAAUUAUAGAAAGUUGAUAUAUUGAGAAUACAUGCCGAGAUGAAUCUACCAAGAUCCCAGAUGAGUAUAUCUAUCCUUAUGUAUAAACAAUGUCAAAAUUAAGUUAGUGAAUUGUAUUAAAAGUCAAUAUAGUACAACUAAAAGAAAACGGAGGAAGUAUAUUAAAUAUGAUAACUAAAAUAUCAUACAAAUCUGAAAAGUGGGAUGAAUCUAAAUUUUGUAUUAUUCAUUUUAGCUUUCUUAUUUAAUUAAAACCCUGGAGAGUUGUUUGUCAGGUGUCCAAGAGUUGGCAAAUUUCCCCAUCUGCAGAAUGGGACUGUGGGGGGACACAAAUGCUACAUUGUUACGCUAUUCAACUCAUUCUUAUCCAUCCAGCAUAAUUAAAAGAUAGAUUAAGCUGGUCCUUGGAUCUUUCUUUCAAAAAGAAUUUUGAACACAUAAUUGAAAAGAAAUCUGCUACUUUUCCUUUUAUCUAUUUUGGAUCUUUGUAUAGAGCCUUUAUUAAACUUUUAAUUCCGUUGAACAUGAUCCAGCUAGACAAUGGGCCCUUUGAUGUUGCUUCUUUCCGAUUUUUUCUCCACUAAUGACUGAAGCAUGUCAUACCUAGUCAUGUUCACAUGUGUCUAGUUGAAAAAACUGUAAAGCCAAAGGAAGUUGCUGGUGCUUAACGAUGGCUGUCGAACAGCAGUUUGAUCAGAAAUGGAAUUCUAUCGCGGAUGUACCAAAAGAAGCAGAAUUUCUCAAUGGUUCUUUUGAUUGUAAUAUCUGUUUGGAUUUUGCAAAUGAACCUGUAGUCACCUUAUGUGGGCAUCUGUACUGCUGGCCUUGCAUCUACAAGUGGUUUCAUGUCCAGAGUGCGUCGCUUCCAUCAGAUGAGUAUCCACAAUGCCCAGUUUGCAAGGCUGAUAUCUCGCAUACAACUGUGGUCCCACUCUAUGGCCGAGGCCAAUCCCAGACCAACCCUGAGUGCGAGACAAAGGCCCCUUCUAGGGGUCCGGGCACACCUCCAAGACCACCAGCUUGUGGGACCCGUGCGCUGCUAAAUGCUGCAUCUCAGCCUAGCAAUCAGCUUAUGCCAUACCGUAAUCCUUAUCAACCACCCUAUGUUCACGCUUAUAAUGGGUCUGAAGAAGUGGUUUCUUCAACAUCAUCGUUGAACCAAACGAGUGAUGCAGUUCAAUCUGUUGGCGUGUUUGGGGAGAUGGUCUAUGCAAGGGUGUUUGGCAACUCGCAGAGCUUGUACACAUACCGGAAUUCAUAUAAUGUAGUAGGGAGCAAUAAUCCGAGGUUAAGAAGGCAAGAAAUGCAAGUUGACAAGUCUUUAAAUAGGGUUUCACUCUUCCUUUUCUGUUGCUUCAUUCUUUGCUUGGUUCUCUUCUGAAUGUAUGUACUUUUGAGGCAGGCAGCGCCUUAUUUCUACCUUUUUGUAUAGUUUGUAAAAAAGGGUUAUUUAGCAGCGUUGCUUCUUGUACCA